GAUGAUAAAAAGGGCCAAGAUAAUAGAUUCUAAAUUCGUAAAAUCAUGUCUAAAGUGUCGAUCAAUCGAUAUGUAGUUCAAGCUAAACUAUUAGGAGAAGAAGAUGCAUCCUGCAAAAACAAAAGACAAGAAUAUGCUAUUGCUGUCACUUUAUCUGAUGAAAGCCAUUACACAAUUUAUCGAUCACUAGAAGCUAUUGCUAAGUUUCAGAAGACGCUUCUAAAACAGUUUCCAAUUGAGGCUGGUUAUUUCAAUGAGCAUGAGAGAAUUAUUCCAGAUUGCCCAAUAAAGAAAACCAUUUUUGGUGUUCAGCGUAUACAAAAAAAUGACAGUACCUUUGAAAGGCAUCUUAAGACUUAUAUUAAAGCAUUACCAGCACUACCAAGCCGCCUGGUGAAAAGCAAGGAUUUUAUUUCUUUUUUUGCACUUCACUCUUGCGAUAUGAUGCUACCUGCUGAGAAGAAGAAGAAUAAAAAGGAAUUAAAUCAAUGCAGCUUCACAAGUGAUGGUGAAAUCAGUAAUCCUAUUUGUUUGAAGGCAUGCUAUUGCAUCACGGACUUUAAGUCAUCACAAAAUAAUGGGCAAAGAUUAAGUUUAAAAUCAGGCUCAGUUGUUCAUAUUGUUCAAAAAGAUAAAUCAGGGUGGUGGUUAGUAGAGUGCAGUGGUACACUUGGAUGGGCACCUGCUUCUUAUCUUAUACCAGUAGAUGAAGAUGAUGAGACUGGUGACAGUGAUGAUCUUUUCCAAAGUGAAAAAGUUGGCAAACGGUUUAUCAGUACAACUUCCUAUGAAGCAUGCUAUGAUGAUGAGCUGAGCUUUGAUGCAGGAGCUAUUGUUCGUCUUAUAAGGGAAAGUGAAAAUGGUUGGUGGUUUGUUCAUUAUAAUGGCAGGGAAGGAUUUGUUCCUGGAACCCUUUUUAAAACCUUUGAUAAAAGACAGGCAUCAGUUUAUGUGGAAAGAAUUAAACUGAGCAUAAAUAGAAGAAGAAGUACUUGUGUUCCAGGCACUAUACAAUACAAUGAAAGGAGAGGUAGCUCCCAUGAGAUUAUGCUAUAUGAAUGUAUGGCAAAGUUUGUUGGACAAGCAGAUCAGUAUCAGAUUUCAUUAAGGCGAGGAGCUAGUGUUACUGUGAUUGAGAAGAAAGAGUCCGGCUGGUGGUAUGUGCAAGAUGAGCAUGGCAGAGUAGGAUGGGCUCCUGCUAGCCAUCUUAAAGUUAUUUUUGAUGAUUCCAUAGCUGAUGAAGAUCAAGAUGAAUUUGACUCAGUAGAUCAUGGGCUAUAUAAAGUUUUGCAUUCUUAUGAAAGUCAACUGCACAAUCAAAGACAAUCUUUUAUGUCAGGAGAUAUAGUAACGGUCAUCAAUAAAGUUGACAAACGACAUUGGAGGGUAAAGAGAAUUAUGGAUCCUUCUCAGGAGGGUGUCAUACCACCAUCAUUUCUAAUCUCCUGUGAUGGCCACCAGGAAGACCCUGCUACUUCUAUAGCUAGUGACGGUGAAAAUAAAAUGACCACUGAUGAAUGCUAUGAAGUAAUUGCUGACUACAUUAAGCAAUCUGUUAAUGAACUAACAGUCUAUGAAGGAGAAGUGGUUUGUGUUAUUGACAAUUCUGAUGAAAAUGAUUGGUAUGUGAGUACUGAUGAACAAGAAGGGUGGCUUCCUGCAUCAAUACUCCAACCACUGAAUGAUUUAGACAAGUCCAGUUGUGAAUCUGAUGAUGAAUUUAAAACAACAGAUAAUAACAAACACAAUGAGCCAAAGAAUUCUGGCAGUUCUAUAAGUAUUUGUGCUUUAAAAUUUCAAGACGAAGCCCAUGAAAGUUAACAAAGAAGAGCAAAUUACCACAAUGCAAUUUCUUUCCAAUUAACACAAAAAUUGAAUAUAAGCAUGAAAUAGUUUUUCCUUUCUUGUAAAGCUGUAUAUUAAAAUGCUAUUUAGUGCAUUACAAUUUAGGAAUGUUGCAUCAUA